CCUGUUUGCUUCUGCGCUAGCCUGCUGCGCCCGCACGCAAAAUCAUACUGUUUCAAAAUUAUAUAGGUUUCAGUGCUUCUCAUCAGUGCCAGUUAAUUGCCCCGCUGCCUCAGUUCGUUGCAACUGAAACCCUCGCUACGGUUGCGCCCUCGCAAAUUACACCCACCGCUCAAGGCCCCCCCUUUCCUCGCAGAAGCAAUGUUUGCUAGACAUUUGGCCAAACCUAUAUUUAGCAAAAGAAGAAAAUACGAUACUCUAUACUGUAUGCCCUAUUGUGCCUGCGAAAUAGUCCCUUUUUCCUCCCUUGCGACGAACAAUCUCUUCAGUCCCAACGGGCAAAUAGGGGGGAAAAGAGACAAGAACAAAACGGCCUUUCACCCGGGAUGAGCUUCAUUAUUUUUUGUGUUUAAAAAAAAUUGUACCCGGAUGAUUACAUGUGCUCAAUAGUAAAAAUAUUAUUAUUUUAUUCAAGACAGCCCACUAGUGAGGAGUAACGCUUGUUGCCUCGGGUGGCUUACUUGCUGGCUGAGCGGCAUGCCCUGUGGCUUUUUCACUCACCUGCCUCUCGCCGAGCAUGUCACUUGUUUAUUUUCUUUUUUUAUUUGCUCUUGCUAACGUUUCUUUCAUUUGACACUGGGGCUAUGCAGCUGAAAAUGGGCGCAGAGGAAAUAACGCCCGUUGAGCCAUGCUGCCAGAGCUGCAUUUUGUUUGCUUUUUUCUCAGCGUGUUGUGAUGGGCACACUACAAAUCUAAACGCGGUGGGCGAACUACUGCUGCGCCCUUGCGAGAACACGGUGCAUUCGAAUUUCAAAAUUACAAUGUGCAUCUGGGGGGAAUUAGACUCAUGUCCUAUCACCGACUCGGACGACGCCGUUGCCAUGCCCUGGGCUGGCUUUGUUAUGCCUAUCUUUGCCCCGCGUGAGACUGCGGCUGGCCGUUCAUGCAGGCUUGUAAAGCGGCUAUGAUGCUUAUGCUGCCCUUGGUAUACCUCUCUCACCUUGCCAAUAAAGACGGGCUGCUAUAUACGGUCCCCCGUCAGCCCAUCCGGCCAUCGAACCAACCUAGGACAUAGUGGACCACAGCAUCUGUCGAUUUAUUCUUCUCUCAAUUCAAGGGAACAAGUUUAUCGUGCGUCCAGGUUUCACCAGCGUCCCUUGGGGGAUUUUCUGCUUCUAAAUUUGGCUCUUUUGCCCCCCUUAGGGAGCGCUAGUAGUCGAUGUUGAGGGAGACUAAGCGGUCGAUGUUCCAAAAACCAUGGUCCGCCGCUCCGGAACAUGCAUUGAACAAAGUUGUUCCAGGUCCCCUUCUUCAAUCUUUUGCCUUGCUUAGAAAAGUGUCUCUCUAAACAUAGUCUCCAGUGAAGCGCUUCAGUAGUAUCUGCCGAGACUCCGCCUGAUUCGGCGAUAAACGCCACAAACAAUGCAAAGUGCUCCGCCGCCGCGCCUGGGGUAAGGUCUCCAAGAUGUAAUGCACUAUGCUAACCUACAGAGGAAUAAAAAUAUUCAAAUCUUGGUGGGUUUUGUGCGAACUCUAAUAGUUAUGCGCUUGUAGACUAGUAUCCUCAUAGUUCUCGUAGUUUGACAAUUUUCGCCAGCUGUAUAUCAAGCAGUUCUAUCAAGUUCACGUGUUUGCCUGCCUGAUAAGUAUUGCGUCGAUCACUUGUCCUUUUCAAAGAUUGGCAGAGAUGAUCGUGCUCGAGUAAGCCUAGCGCACAACGCUAGCAUCGCAAACCACUAAAGUUUAAUAGUGAUCGCUACCCCCAAACAGGCAAUCUAUUUCUAGCAAACAUUCAUUUAUUUGGCCAGUAUUAUCCCCCUUUGCCCAUGGAUAAAAAAAGAUAAAGCACGACGAUGACGAUGACGAUGACGAUGAUGUAAGAGGAAUGAAGAGGGCUCGGUAGUAGGGCGGCCCGCAUACAACGUGAUGCACAGAUCCGCGUAUUCGCUGUGCCGUAGCGUCACACUACAGUAUCCGCCUGUUGAAUAAAGACUUUGUUGCGAUUGGUUAGCGCAAUACGACAGCAGGAAAUACUCACAGAGUCUCGCCGGGAAUUCGGCCGGCCGAAUGCAAGAAUAUCCACAUAUAAGCAAAUCAGACCGCCAAGUAUUUUCAGAGUUUGGAUGAAAAAAUUGCUGUGAAAUGUUUCUUUUGACAUCGACAUCGUCAGAAUCAUGUACGCUGCACUCCUUCUCAUCGGUCUUUUGACCGGCGUUGCCUGGGUUGGGUUUCAGGUCUGGUCGCGCCCUAAGCUGCCCUCAAAUGCACCAAGCCGUUUAGCUGGUUGGCCAAUUUUGGGUUCGCUUGGUUUCUUCAGGUCUCGAGCGCAGUUCUUGACCAGUGGUAAACUAUGGUCAUCCAACGGCAUCUUCAGCUUCUACUAUGGCCCUCACCGUAUUGUGGCUCUUGCUGGUGAGGUAGGAACGCCCUUAUUUUUUCACUCUCGUGAUUUGGAUUUUGCAACUGGGUAAGAUAACAUCGGUCAAUGACUGAAAUAUAAUAUUGAUAUGUUCGAUGACGUAUAGAUAUAGCACCCUCUUCGGUGCAGGCCCGGAUGUCAAGAGCAUGGACAAAUUCAACAUCCUGCAGAGAAGCACUGCCCAUUCUGCUGCUGGUUAUAGAAAGUUCUUCACCACGAAAAAUCUCAAAGAGCGUCUGCCCAAGCUGAACCAAGAUAUUGCUGCCACUUUCGACGCUCUCGACUUGAGCAAGGCAUCGGACAGCUUUGAAAUCUUCUAUGGUCUCAUCUACCAGCUUACGCAACGCUCUCUGGGCUGCAACGAUGUUGCGGAUAGCCCCGAACUUCUUGCCAAGACACUGGAGAUGUUCACUAGACUCGAUUGCACAUCUGGCGUGGAAGUCAUGUUCCCGUCACUUGUCACCCCUAACAAGCGACAAAAGAAGGAGGCCGGCCGCGAGCUCUUCCAAAUAAUGCAUACCAUCAUGGAAAAGCGCCGACAAAGCGGUGAGAGAGGAGAUGAUGCCAUGCAGAGGUUGAUGGAUGAUGGCGAUUCAGACCUGGAAAUUACAUUUUUCAUUGUCCGUGCUCUAUUUGCAGGAUUGCUCAACACUGGUGUUAACGCCUCGUGGAUCCCCGUAUAUCUCGCGCAGGAUACGGAGUGGAGAGAUCGCGUUCGAACCGAAGUGGACGCCAUCAUUUCCAAGUACCGCCAAACGGCCGAUGAGGCAGUAACAGACGUUCUCGCACGCGUUGAACUCGAAGACUGGGAAGAGGGCUUCCCAACAAUUGCUUUGGCUUUGAAGGAGUCCAUCCGAAUGAAUGUUCCCGGUUCCGCGUUCCGCAAAAAUAUGAGCGGCAAGGACAUACAAAUCCCUGGUACAAACACAAUUAUUCCAAAGGAUGCUUUUGCUUGUUUCCUGCUGGACGACCGACACAUGAACCCCGACAUCUACGUCGAGCCAGAAACUUGGAACCCUCGCAGAUACCUCGAAGGGCGAGCGGAAGACAAAAAGUCUCCAAACGCGUAUCUCGGUUGGGGAACCGGCCUUCACCCAUGCUUGGGCACGAGGUUUGCCAAGCUUGAGACGCAUAUGGCUGUGGCGACAUUUGUAGCAAGGUUUGAUUUUGAGCUCUGUGACAAGGACAUGGGGCCACGUACAAGCCCGUUGCCAGUGACAGAUCGCGACUGGCAUUCAGCCAAGCCCAUUUUUGGGGAUAUGUAUCUGAAGAUUACAAAGCGACAGUGAAAUUGCAUGUUCCAUAAGAACAGACAGAGAUGUUAUAUACACAGACUCUGAAAACGAGAAUAAUAUUUAAAAUACAUUUAAAUCUCUAUUUCAAACAUA